AUGAACUUAUUUAGUUUUGAAAGAGAAAGAAAUGAUGUGUUUUGUAUCAGAAAUAAGAAAGAAGGUUGUUUGACAAAUUAUAAAACUUUCCUAAAGUUAACUUUUUGUCAAUCUAAUAACCCUGAUCAAAAGUUUACAUUAGUGAAUAAGUUAAUCGAAGAGUAUAAUUUUAAAUAUAAUUUUAAAGAUAGUUAUACUAUUUCAUUUAACGAUAAACCAUUAUCUGUGAGUAAAAAUGAAAAAAUCACUGAAAAUUACAAAAUAGAUUUUGAUGGAAAUAUUCCUAUGAAAUUUGAUAUAAAAAUGUUAGAUAAUACAUCUUAUUAUAACAUUUAUGAAUCUACAAGUGGUAAAGUAUUGAAUGCCAAUGAAAAUAAUUUAGUUUUAAAGACUGUAGAUGGAAGUUUAUUACAAAUGUUUGCUCUUAAAAAAUUUGAGAAUAAUGAGGUGAGUAUUGCUAAUUACAAAACAGGUAAAUGCCUAACUACAUCAAUAGUUAAUUCUAAAAUAAUACUUGCACUAAACAAAUGUGAUGAUAAUAACUUGAAUCAAAAGUUUACAAUUAAAAAAUAUGAAAAUAUUAAUAGAAGUAUUAAUCGACAGAAUAUUCCUUCAAAUAAACAGAAUAUAAAUUCAAAUAAUCAAUUUAAUAAUAAAUUAUUACCAAGUAGUAAUCAAACAGUACAAGAUGUAAAUAACAAGACGAUGAAUAGAAGAAUAGAAAAUUAA